AUGUCUGUGCAUUGGGUGGGGGGAAAGGGGGCGACGAGGAGAACAAUUCUCGCAGCCCUAGGUAUUUGUACUUGUGAGCGUCACCUGAGGUCGCAAGGAGGUUUCCUAGGCUGUAGAGCUGAGAGAUUGGCUGUGGCUCCUGAAGACCCGAUCCCGGACACUGUCCUCGGUGCUGAAAAGCCAGAUGCCGAUAUUGUGUCUGGACCUGAGUUGCGAACGUCUCCAUAUGUAGAUACAGGUAUUCUAAAAGCUGUUGUGACUUUGUUUUGCACGAACUUGACAUUGUGUUUGCAGGAUUGCAGUGCUCCCAAGGAAAUGAAUAAACUGCCAGCCAACAGCCCGGAGGCGGCGGCGGCGCAGGGCCACCCGGAUGGCCCAUGCGCUCCCAGGACGAGCCCGGAGCAGGAGCUUCCCGCGGCUGCCGCCCCGCCGCCGCCACGUGUGCCCAGGUCCGCUUCCACCGGCGCCCAAACUUUCCAGUCAGCGGACGCGCGAGCCUGCGAGGCUGAGCGGCCAGGAGUGGGGUCUUGCAAACUCAGUAGCCCGCGGGCGCAGGCGGCCUCUGCAGCUCUGCGGGACUUGAGAGAGGCGCAAGGCGCGCAGGCCGCCCCGUCUCCUGGGAGCUCCGGGCCCGGCAACGCGCUGCACUGUAAGAUCCCUUCUCUGCGAGGCCCGGAGGGGGAUGCGAACGUGAGUGUGGGCAAGGGCACCCUGGAGCGGAACAAUACCCCUGCUGUGGGCUGGGUGAACAUGAGCCAGAGCACCGUGGUGCUGGGCACGGAUGGAAUCACGUCCGUGCUCCCGGGCAGCGUGGCCACCGUUGCCACCCAGGAGGACGAGCAAGGGGAUGAGAAUAAGGCCCGAGGGAACUGGUCCAGCAAACUGGACUUCAUCCUGUCCAUGGUGGGGUACGCAGUGGGGCUGGGCAAUGUCUGGAGGUUUCCCUACCUGGCCUUCCAGAACGGGGGAGGUGCUUUCCUCAUCCCUUACCUGAUGAUGCUGGCUCUGGCUGGAUUACCCAUCUUCUUCUUGGAGGUGUCGCUGGGCCAGUUUGCCAGCCAGGGGCCAGUGUCUGUGUGGAAGGCCAUCCCAGCUCUACAAGGCUGUGGCAUCGCGAUGCUGAUCAUCUCUGUCCUAAUAGCCAUAUACUACAAUGUGAUUAUUUGCUAUACACUUUUCUACCUGUUUGCCUCCUUUGUGUCUGUACUACCCUGGGGCUCCUGCAACAACCCUUGGAAUACGCCAGAAUGCAAAGAUAAAACCAAACUUUUAUUAGAUUCCUGUGUUAUCAGUGACCAUCCCAAAAUACAGAUCAAGAACUCGACUUUCUGCAUGACCGCUUAUCCCAACUUGACAAUGGUUAAUUUCACCAGCCAGGCCAAUAAGACAUUUGUCAGUGGAAGUGAAGAGUAUUUCAAGUACUUUGUGCUGAAGAUUUCUGCAGGGAUUGAGUAUCCUGGCGAGAUCAGGUGGCCACUAGCUUUCUGCCUCUUCCUGGCUUGGGUCAUUGUGUAUGCAUCGUUGGCUAAAGGAAUCAAGACUUCAGGAAAAGUGGUGUACUUCACGGCCACGUUCCCGUAUGUCGUACUCGUGAUCCUCCUCAUCCGAGGAGUCACCCUGCCUGGAGCUGGAGCUGGGAUCUGGUACUUCAUCACACCCAAGUGGGAGAAACUCACAGAUGCCAUGGUGUGGAAAGAUGCUGCCACUCAGAUUUUCUUCUCUUUAUCUGCUGCAUGGGGAGGCCUGAUCACUCUCUCUUCUUACAACAAAUUCCACAACAACUGCUACAGGGACACUCUAAUUGUCACCUGCACCAACAGUGCCACAAGCAUCUUUGCCGGCUUCGUCAUCUUCUCCGUUAUCGGCUUCAUGGCCAAUGAACGCAAAGUCAACAUUGAGAACGUGGCAGACCAAGGGCCAGGCAUUGCAUUUGUGGUUUACCCGGAAGCCUUAACCAGGCUGCCUCUCUCUCCGUUCUGGGCCAUCAUCUUUUUCCUGAUGCUCCUCACUCUUGGACUUGACACUAUGUUUGCCACCAUCGAGACCAUAGUGACCUCCAUCUCAGACGAGUUUCCCAAGUACCUACGCACACACAAGCCAGUGUUUACUCUGGGCUGCUGCAUUUGUUUCUUCAUCAUGGGUUUUCCAAUGAUCACUCAGGGUGGAAUUUACAUGUUUCAGCUUGUGGACACCUAUGCUGCCUCCUAUGCCCUUGUCAUCAUUGCCAUUUUUGAGCUCGUGGGGAUCUCUUAUGUGUAUGGCUUGCAAAGAUUCUGUGAAGAUAUAGAGAUGAUGAUUGGAUUCCAGCCUAACAUCUUCUGGAAAGUCUGCUGGGCAUUUGUAACCCCAACCAUUUUAACUUUUAUCCUUUGCUUCAGCUUUUACCAGUGGGAGCCUAUGACCUAUGGCUCUUACCGCUAUCCUAACUGGUCCAUGGUUCUCGGAUGGCUAAUGCUCGCCUGUUCCGUCAUCUGGAUCCCAAUUAUGUUUGUGAUAAAAAUGCAUCUGGCCCCUGGAAGAUUUAUUGAGAGGCUGAAGUUGGUGUGCUCGCCACAGCCGGACUGGGGCCCAUUCUUAGCUCAACACCGUGGGGAGCGUUACAAGAACAUGAUCGACCCCUUGGGAACCUCUUCCUUGGGACUCAAACUGCCAGUGAAGGAUUUGGAACUGGGCACUCAGUGCUAGUCCAGUGGUGUGGGAUGGUCCAGACUUGAUCCUGUUUUUCCUCUCUGCCUCCUCCUAAUGUUUUCCAUAGCUCUCCUCCCAUUUUUCUUCAUCUUUCUUCCUACAUCUUGGUUCACAUCCACGCAUGAGAGUGAUUAUGUAGAAAAGUAGGCAUAGUGUCGCAUGCUGUAGUAAAGAGCUACAUAGACCACCUGAAGUGCUGUUUGCCUGUGCCCAUGGUGACUCUUUCUGGUCAGGUUGGUCCCCUGACCACUCGUUUUACCCUGCAGAGGAGGAUCAGUUAGGUGAGCGCUGGUAGGUAUGCGUGGUUUGGUCAAUAGAGAGGUAUCCACUGUGUGAUGGCAUGGGGGGUGCCAGUAAGGCACGUAUAGAGUGGCCGAAUUACAAGACUUUAUUUGGACUUGAACAGAACUGAGCAAUGUGGUGAUCUUGUUCAGACACACAAAGUUCAAGACAGGUUUUUUUUUUUUUUUUUCAGAGAGUUAGCAGUGGUCAGAAAAUGUUUUGGAUGUAAGACAAGACCACUCAAUUUGGACACCACUGAGGUGGUUAAGUUUAUAUUUCCAGUCACCACUGGGGAUCUGUUUCCUUCAUUUGGAUCAGCAAUCUCCAGUUACCACUAGCUCAGAUGCUACAGUCUACACAUUGUGACUUUGAUUGAACUGUCAGUUUUCUUCCCUCAACUGUCUUUUUUUGUUUUAAAUAACCACAUUUGUGAGUUCUUUUGGUCAUUUCCUCCACCUCUGCCCAAGAAGCCAUCAUAUAAGUUGUGCCUCAUUUUGUACGUUCAUAGUAGAGCUCCAUGCUCGUUUCUACAUGAUA